AUGGAAGCCGCCAGCAAUCAUUCCGGUGUCGAAAACGAUGGCACCUCUGUAUCGAAGGCCUUGAAGAAUCCGCUCAUUCUCAACCACAUCUUCGCCCCGCUUAACGUCCCUGACUUGAAGACGGUUCAUCUCGUGUGUCCUGACUGGCACGACGUGGCCACCAAUUUAUUAGGACAACGAUCCUGCCUCAACUUCAACAAGCUGUUUCGCCACGAUGGGUCAAAACUGGUCUUGGUCGCUCCCGAGGAAAACCUCGUACAAAAUGUCACCAUCCGGAAGGCCUUUCACCGCUCCGUUCCCUUAAAAAAUAUCCCUGGCGUCAUCACUGAAGGAUUAAUACUGCUAAAAUCGACCAAAAUCCGACACAUUUCCCUCACCAACUGGAAAUAUUCGUAUCUCGGGUGUAGGGAAAAUCCGGUCCAGGUGUGCCUCCCAGUAACAAAUCUGUCCAUCCCGAUCCUCCCGAACUUGACCUCGGUAAAGUUUGACCUUCGGGGAAAUGUUAAGCGGCCCGCGUUUCAACCCCUGGCUCAAGCCUUGCUCAAAUCUGCCCCCAAUUUGACCACUUUGAACCUCGCGGCCCCUUUCUAUCUGGAUUUGGAGGGUUGUAGACACCUGACCGUUUUCAAAUUCGCCUACAUACCGAUGGCUAAAGAGACUUUGGCGAAAUUUGACUUGGCCGCUGUGACCACCUUGUUGGCCCAGGUGAAGGAUUCCGCCGUCGAGAUGGAAUUGCGGUGCCUCGGGAAUGGUGAUAUAUAUAAGGAAAUUCCUCCGACCCCGGUGGACCUUCCCGUAAUGUCGAAAUUGGUCUCUCUCACCGUCAAAGUGUCGGAUUUAUACCAAAUUCAAGAUUUUUUUGACCCCGAGCACCUCCCAAGGUUGAAAAGUCUUCACAUUAUCAUGGAAUCCCAUUGGCUAUUGGCCUUCCCAACGUUCCUGAAUGGGUGGAAGGCACACCCAGGCGUGCAAUCUCUCGGGGUGGAGGUGGAUCCGUCUUGGGCGAUGGGAGAUGUUGCGGGCCCCCUGACGAAAUUAUUUCCCGCCGUUAAGCGAUUCAAGUUCAACAUAUCGGUCAUAAUAACUCGCAACAUGGACAGGCUGAUAGCACCGUUUCAAGCGUGGGAUCUGGAGGGGGCCGAUGUUGUCGUGAAAUGUGUCAAAGAAGCCACACUUUUAGUACAAGUUCUUACCAAUAUGGCGACUUGGAAAGGCGUUAAACCUGUCCACUUUGGAGAAACGUACAUUCAAGAGGACAACUUUUCUCGCUGCGUGCCAGAUAUAAUUAAGCUCAGUGGAGGAGUUGAACGUGUGAAAAUUUCGGGCUAUGAGGUUCCGGAAAUGGUUGCAGUGAUUCGACCCAUGUUUGAGGGCAGUGGGGCACCCAUUACUUUCACGGGAGGGGUGUAUCAAAUUGACGUAAUUAACUGUUUCUAAGUUUAGGCAUUUUUUAACAUUUCCAUUUUCCAACGGUUCUAAAUAAUUUUGAAGGAGAGGUGACCCAUGUCGAUUUUGA